CAGUAAUUAUUUGACAGUUGAACUGAUUACAGAGUUUUAGGUUAAUGACUUGAAUUCUUGAAUUGUUAUCAAAUCAGAUAGUUAUAUUUUCUAAAUGCUACAGUCUUAAUGAAUAGGCAUCAGUGACGUGGCCCUUAUCAAUUCCCAAUUGUAUGAAAUAUUAUUAACCAUUUUUCUCAGUAAGGUUAAUUUUUUUUCUUGGAAAAAAUGAAUUCGUCCGAUACUACAAACAUCUUCAAACAACUGGCUCUAUUAGUCCUUUCACCCCAUUGCUUCGAUACGUAUUUUAUAGAUUUUAACUUUCUAGAUAGACCUUGUUUUGCUGCAACUUUGAGUAAGGGGUUAGGCAUUGGAAUAAUAUUGGGAUCAAUAUUUGUGAAAUUUCCACAAAUUUUAAAAAUUUAUAAUGCCAAAACUGCUAAAGGAAUAAGUUUAGCAACUGUCAUAUUGGAUCUGAUAGUUAUAACUAUUUAUGCUGCUUAUAAUUUUUUGAAACAAUUUCCAAUUAGUGCCUGGGGUGAUACAGCUUUUUUAGCUAUUCAAACUGUAGCUAUUGGUUUUCUAUUAUUGUAUUAUGAUGUAUCUACUUCGAAAGCUAUCAUUUUUCUUAUCAACUAUUUAGUGUUCUCUGGAGUAUUAAUUAGUGGUCUGGUUCCAAUUGAUAUUUUAUGGACUCUUCAAGGAAUCAACAUACCCUUGCUAUUAGCUGGACGAGUUAUUCAAGUACAUUCAAAUUAUAAGAAUCAAAGCACUGGACAAUUAUCUGCAAUUACUUGUGCUCUUUUAUUUGCUGGCUCUUUGGCCAGAAUUUUUACAUCUAUACAAGAAACUGGAGAUACUAUGAUUAUUCUAACAAAUGUUUUCUCUUUUCUUGCUAAUUUAGUGAUUGUGAUUCAAAUUCUUUAUUACUGGAAAUCAGAAGAAAAAACCAAAAAGGUUGACUAAAAAAUUUAUUUAGUAAUUCUCAUUGCACAAAAAAAUAGAAUUUCCUCUUUUACAAAAUGUCUGAAAGAUAAUUUAGACUGAUAAAAUUUGUUCAUCUUUUGACAUUUGUAAUAGGUAUAAAGUGUAUAUCAUAUUUUUUUAGGAACAAAUGGGUAAUCUGAUCGGGAUGAAUGUUAAGAAAGUACUGUUACUUGUAUUUAUGAACAUAUUCUGGAAAUUAUAAUUUUGUCAGUGGACAAUUAAUAUUUAUAUUAAUAUGUGGAACCACUGUUAA